ACAGGCUGCAAACACUGUGGCCUGCCAUGUCCACAAGAUGUUUGAUCUGUCGUCAAGAAAUGAGUUCCUAGUGACUUGUUGAACAUCGUCAGUUUGUCCAUCUGCCUUCUCAAAAAGCGAGCUGCUUGCUUUCAUCAUAGACAUGCCAAAGGAAGAGGAGAGCCAAAUUCUGACAGAGAGCUAAACAGCAGAUGAGAUGUCCUUACAGACGGAAACAUUUUCAACUUUAUUUUAGGGUUUCUACCUGGGACUACAAUUCCCAGGAUGCCACAGACACGGAAACUGGCCAAUCAGGAAGCCUGUCCUUGCUUUCGCCCCACCUAGAGACCAGAAGUUUCCUUGACUGCCGAAAACUGGCUGUGUCCUCACCAGUUGCUCUGGAGGGAGUCAGAAAAGCAGGAUAGAUGGCUGAGAUUCAGGAAACUACACACGCAAUGGCUGACAUGGUGAUACUUAAGGAUAAUAAUCCCGACCAUAAGCAAACAGUAGAAACAUUAAUUAAAAACCUUCAUACCAUUUCUUUGGAGGUGAAGAAGAUGAGAGAACUCUCCCAGUUGCUACUUUGUGACCUCACUCUGCAGUUUAAUCAGCCCGUGAAGACAGAGCACAGAAAGGAAGCAAACAGCCCUGUGUUUGAAGAGUCUGAAAUGCCAGAUGUGUCCCUUGAUGCUAUCAAUUUUUCUGCCUGAUUUUGUUUUUCAUUUUCAAUUUCUAUUUUUGAUGGAUAAAAGUGGAAUAACUGAGUAUAUUAAUAUAGCUAAAGACAAUA